GAAACGGAUCCAAUGGCAGUGCUAAUAACCAAGGUUCAGGAAACGGAUCCAACGGCAGUGCUAAUAGCCAAGGUUCAGGAAACGGAUCCAAUGGCAAUAGUGCGAAUAAGAAACGCGGUGGUGAAGGCCAAAGUAAUAGCCAAGGUUCAGGAAGCGGAUCCAAUGGCAAUGGUGAUAACCAAGGCGAAGGUGAAAGCCAAAGUUCGGAACCGGAUCCAAU